AUGACGCGCCGUUCUGCACGAUUAGCAAGCCUGUCCCAGGCGCCAGAGUCUCCCGUCAAAGAACCUUCAUCCAGAUCGACGUCUACCCUUCAGUCCGUCUCCGAAACCCAGAGCGCCGAGCCAGAAACCCUCCCCGCACCUCGACGCCGCAAGAGUCACGCCGCAGCCUCGUCACCAAUGCGCGUCCCAAGGACCCCGGGCAAGUCGUCGCCCGUCAAACUGCCCAUGUCCGAGAUGCAUCCCAGCAAAGUCCAUCCGACCAUGGCUCACGCCCCUUCGUCUGGCUUGCGCUUGGGCUUUACUGACAUCAAGCCAAACACCAACCGUGACGAUGACCUUCCCCCCAUCGCCCAGUCCACUCCCACAAAAAUCUCGGUCCCCCAGUCCGACUUCACCUUCCGCCGUGUCGCCCAAUCAGCAGCCGGCAUAGCCCUCAGUACGCAAGCCCAGAGCAUGAUGGAGGACAUCCGCAAGGAAGCCGAGAAGUACAAGGACGAGAUCCGCCAGCGCGAAGCCGAAAGGGAAAAGGAGGAACAGGCCAACCGCAAGAUCGCAAAGGCUACCGGCAAAGCAAGUCGCUUCAGCGAAGUUCACAUGGCUCAGUUCAAGAAGAUGGACUCGAUCGAGAAUCACCCCUCCGUCCUCCGAGCUCAAAAGGGCCGCGUUCCCGAUCCUCUCAAGAAGGGCGUCAAGCGAUCCCAAUCCAAGGCAAAUCUCGACGACACCGACCCAAGCCGUCGCUCCAAGGAGCCCACACCGACAUCUUCUACCGCCAAGGCCAAGGAUGAGGACGAGGAGGGCCGAUCGCCCGCGAAGCGUCUUCGUCAAAACAAGGAGGACGACGUCUCCAAGGGUCGUGCCAUCAUCCACGAUGCCGCCAGCUCCAUUCCCAAGCCUAAGCCCGCUUCUACUGCGACUGCUUCGACCAUUCCUCGACCCAAGUCUGUCCGCCAAUCCAUUAUGAGCCCCACAAGAUCCUCGCUUGCUCGGUCAACAGGCGCAAGAACCCCGGUACGACAGUCGCUGUUCAAGUCCCCCGCUAAAUCGAUCCAGAGUGCGCUGCCUCGACCUACCACUGCAAGCAAACUUCCCACCCUCAAGGAGGAACCUGUCAAGAAUACCGCGAAGCCAUCCGAGAACCAACCAAAAAAGCCUUUGGAGAAGCAGGCUGAGAAGCAGGCCAGCAAGGAGAUCAAGCAACAAAUCGACACCGAGAUGGAGACGCUCAACGAAAAGGAAGCCCAGACACCCCAGCAGACACCCCGGGCUGAUGUCAAGACUCCCACGAGCCGAAUUGCUAGCGCCAAGUCGAUUCUGCGGAGCACCACGGCUAGCACCAUGACAAAGAUCCCUCUGCCCGCCUCUUUUGGUUCCAAAACACCCACGUCCAAGACCCCGACUGCGUCGCGUACAGAGGAGACCGCUACCUCCGCUCAUCUGACUACACCAGGCGGGAGCCUCGCCAAGCACGUGGCAUUCACUCCUGAGACGCAGCGCGCCACUGUCGCUCAAGCGCUAAAAUCCCCCUCUCCCGUCAAGCAGGCUCUUUCCAAGUCCCAGCCCCGCAAGGCACCUGGCCAAGUCUAUUACCCUUCUUUGGACGCCAUCCUGCGCGAGGAACAACUCGACCGGGGCCUUCUCUACCCCGAUGUUACCGAGGAGGCCAAAGCCCGCUCGGUUCAGGAGCCUUCUGCUGUGAAGCAGUUCAAGGCUAACUCCACAACAGUCGAGGCAUCGUCGGCUUCCGACUCCUUCUCAUUCCGCAGUGAACGCACCCUCAACUUUGACAGCGUACCCCGCCCAUCUUUCGGCGCCUCGCCAGGGCAAUCGACCGUUCGCCCUGUUCGCCCAUCUCUCCUCCCGACUGUGUCCGAGUCUAGCAUGCCCGGUAGCUUCCCCGACCCAGAGGAGGUGAUGUCACCCGUGAUAUUGUCACACAAUAAGGAGAAUGAGGCCCCGGCGGACCCAUCGCUCAUCUACCUCGCUCUGCCACACGGUCUCGCCACCAAGAAGCGCAACCGUGUCAGCACCGAUGAAGAAGAACUGGAGAUGGCUGAGCGAGCUUCGAAGAGACAAAAGCAGGAACCGGUGCCGGAGGGGGACGCGCUUCUUGCCCCGAGACUGGUUGGAACCAAGGCUGGUGCCAAGAAGCCGGCUGCAGCGCCGGUCAAGACGAACGGCUCCAGGAAGAGCAUUGCACCCGUGAGCCCUCGUAAGAAUCUCGGUGCUAGGAAGAGUCUUGCUGCUGGCGCCCGGAAGACGGCCGCUGCUUCUGCUUCCGCAACUACUGCCAGCAAAGAGAAAGAGUCACACAGAAGUCCGGUCAAGAAGGCGGCAGCUAAGAUCAGUCUUAGUAGGUUGGAACAGCUCGCCAGGCCAAAGAACCACCCUCGACAAGAAGAAACCGAGACGCCAACCCACCUAAACCUCCUUCCCGCUCCUCCUCCUUCUCCUUCAACAACCGCACUUCAUUUUCAUCCAUCGACUCAGCGAUUCAUAACCAUCCUGAUUCAACCCCCAAAUCCCAGUCAAGAUCCAACAGCGGCGGCAACGGCAUCCACAACCCUUCUGUUCCCACCACCGCCACCACCACCACCGCAGCGACCAGCAGCCAACCCCCAAAACAACAACAAUCAUUCACUUGUGUGUGGCGAAGUGGUUCUGCGCGGAGAGGAGUGCGUUGAAGAGGAAGAGGGGCUUGGAGAUGGGGAUAAGGAGGAAAGGGAGAACGUUGUGGUGAAGAAGGGGUUGGAGAGGAUUGAUAGAGUAGAUGGAGGGUUGACGAGACAGAGGUGGGAGAUGAGGGAGGGCGGCAAGGAGAGGGAGAGGAAGAAGGAGAAAGAGAAGUCUAGGAAUGGUGGUAAGGGUGGUUUAUCGUCGUUGAGGAGGGGGGCGGUGGAUGACAGUUCAUUGACCAGAGACGAGAUGGCUUCAGACUCUGGCUCAGGCAAACCCGAGACUAUCUAUGUCAACAUCUUUGAUCCUGUUGGUCGAGAGGCGUUUAGACCGGGUUUGAUGAAGCCGAUACCGGAUUGGAUGCAGACUGGAGAGCGGGAACAUCUCGAUCACAAAACCGGGACUAUCAACUCGAGGCAUGAUAAGUCCAGAGAAACAAUUUCAACGCCGCGACCCAUCAGUCAAGGAUUAUCCGAGAGUUCGUCUACCACUACAGUUAUUCAAACACCACCUCAGCCAACAGCCACUCACGCUUUAACCCGUCGACAAUCAGGCGCAAUUUCACCCCGCGCAACAAGCCCAGCGCCGUCCAAUGAAGCUAUAUCGCGGCCCUCCUCAGUCCUUGGCCGACGAACUCCCAAUCUUCGCACCGGCACUUCCUUCGUGAGCGAACAACCGCUCAUCGUCCCUUCUAUGUCCUCCAGCCAUCCCAAGGAAACAACCAAAAACUCAGCCGAAAACUCAGCCAGCGACUCGUGGCCCUCAACAGACUCCAAUCUCUCCUCAAAUCCCACUACUUUCUCUUACAACAAUCAAUUUGAAACCCUCUCCCGUCCUUCAUCCGUCCGAAACGUCGCCACCAUUUUCGAACGAGGCAUCGCGAGCAAAGACCAGCGCCACACACCUACCAACCAACCACUCCCUCUCCUACGCGUCCUCCAACAGCCCUAUCAUCCACUGAGUCCCACCAGCUCCGAGACUGGCUUUCCCUCUUCUCCGCCUCAUCUCCAACCAAGCAGCCUAGCAAAAAGACAGCAGAGAGCACAAACCCACGAGCUCGGGGCAGCAAGUCUGCCGAAGCCAAUCCAGAUCUGGAGAGGUGGCCAGGCAGGACAAAAAUCACAAAUCAACCGGCUGGGCUCCGCAACCGUUUCGAUACCGGUUGUAUCCACUAGCUCCGAGUAUCUGGAGCGGUAUCAGCCUGCCAAGGCUUCUACAAGUCUUCUUUCUUCUUCUUCCUCCUCGACACAGGUGACUCGGUCGUCAGUACGCUCGAUUCGGGCGGGUGGACCUGGUGUGAGCGCAAUUACGAGGGGGUGGAAGGGACAACUCAGUAACACCACAUCUUCGGGAGAAACUGAGAGAUGUUUAAUGGCAAAUCGAGUUUCGGUGUACUCGACUUCUCAACCACCGUCGUCAUUUGUGCAAUCAACAUACCAAAGUGGGAAGAGAACCUCCAUCCGGAGGUCUGUGUCCCAUUCGAUACGUCGAGAAGGGGCUCUUGAUGAGGGGGUGGGAGUAGGUGUAGAAGUAGGGUAUUCCUCUCAUCAAGUAGAGCCGUAUUCAGCUGCGAACGGACAAGCAACAAUCCGCCGGUCGAUAUCGCACUCUCUACGCAGGGAAGGAGCGCAUGAUCAUGGACAAACUCACCACUUCACAUCCCACUCUCAGUCACCUCAGUCACCAACUCUGCCGCCGAGAAGCCUACCAUACAGUAGUACCCGCAACAGUUCGCCCAACGGUCCCACAUCUCCCACUCCACUUAACAUCACCGUCCAAAGAAAACUGACCAGGAACAACAGCAAGGGGGAACCAACUAUCGGGAAACCGGUGGUAACCGCUGCUUCUACCAGUGCCAAAGAAACAGAAGGAGCAAUCUCAUCGUUGGAAUCGUCUCCUGGCACAGGAACGAGGGAGGAAAAAGGAGGAGGAGGAAGUUCGGCACUGAAAGCAUAA